AAACGCUCCAUACGUGUCAGUGUAAGUUCAAAUAUUCAACCAAAAGAUUCGAGGAAAGGAUCAAAGGAAUGAGUUCAAAUCAUCCAUCGAUUAGGGUUCGUGGACAACUAUCAAUUCCGUCUACGUUCAUCCAUCGAACAUCCACUGAAGAUGAUCAGUCGGGUGAUUCUAGAGGAAAAAUGAAGGAUGGACAACAAAGCAAGAAGCGUCCGAAGAUUUCAUUAUCGGCAUUUCUUGACCGAAAACUGCAGAAAACAUCUGACUCGUCGAAAUUAGUCCAGGGUAAAGAGAGACCAUUUUUCACACUAGGAGGUGCUAAUGACUCUCUUCAUAAAGCAAAUCUUGACCAAAAAACAGAGGGACCAGAGUUGAAUGGUAUCCUUGAUGUUCUUGAAAAUUUCAAGCCCAUUAAGGACAACAAAGAUACUGUUUAUUUAAAUCCAGAAGAAUCCCAAACUCAAUAUAGUACAACCACUCAUGUCACAGAAAAAUCCCAGAUUCAAGAUUUGACAAAAAGCAGAAACGCAUUUGGAGGUUUGCUUAGAAAACCACCUGCUCCAAAGGUUUUAGUUGUUCUGGGAGGCGACCCAAAGCCCAAGCAAACAAAACAUCGGAAAUCCUUCAUCAGAAACAAGAAACCGUUGCCUCAUUAUAAUCACUAUGCAGGUGGGAGUGGGUGGUGGGACAGUGAUAUGGAAGGAAUUGACAAUGAAGCAGUGGGAUUUAAUGAAGUGUGGGAGGGUGUGGGGUCUACCACUUUGGGUGGACUUGACUGGCAUUAAUCCAACAAUCAUUCCCUGAUUCCCAUUCCCAUUCCCAUUGUCACUGGAAUUGGAUUCCAUUCAGUUUAAUAUCCCUAAAACUUGUAUAAUUGUGUAAACAUCAUAUCAUAUGUAUAAACAAACGUCUUGAUACUGGUUUGACUAAUGGUUAACAUGUAAUCCAUCUUUAUUUGUUACAUA